AUGGAUCAUAUGGAUGAUCACCUUUUACGAUUGCUAUCAGAAUGGAAUCUGAUGGCUAUGUUUCAUUUAAAUGCGGCUGCAACAGCGAGUGCGCUAGCUCAGCAGGGAAUCGCACUACUUGACCCUGGUCAGCAUGCACUGCAGGUUGCCAACGUAGUUCCCCCGCCGCCGCCCCCCGAUUCACCACCACCACCACCACCACCAUCACCACCACCACCACCACCACCAUCACCACCACCACCACCACCACCACAAACACCACCACGCUUUUCGCCGGUUCCCUCGCCUCCAACGCCUCAUGAUCCUCGUAAACCGAAGCCUCAACAUGUCAUUUAUGGAGGGGAUGGCGGUCGAGUAGAUGUGAAUGUCCAGGCGGACAACGUUACUGAUGAGAUUUUGAAUCAGGACGGUGGUCUCAAUGCAAUCUUUGACGAGCAUGAAAUCGCACCUGAAGUCCUGGCCAGGCAACGAGAAAAGCUGAACGGGGAAGGAUUCGAUGCAGAUGAGCUUGAAAACGCCUGCUUCGCCAUGAGUGUCUACUUGGUUGUGGAGCUGGCCAAAGUCAUGGACUUCAACGUGACGCUGGUCCGAGGCAAAAAGAAGCAGGAAAUCAGAUCCAAGCCACAGAGACGAAUUUGGUGCCAGCGAAAGGCCGAUCUCGAAAAGGAUUUUGAUGGUGCAAAUGGUCUAGUUCCGGAAGUGAUUCGCAAAGCUCAGGAUUUCCUUUGUUUGCUAUGGAGCGACUACCAAAGGGGCGAAAUGGUCACUCUUCCUGAAGCAGUCAACGUGCUCAAGGAGGUCAACCGCCGGAAGCUAGCCCGCGUCUUCCUGUUCAAUAAAUCGGGAAAGAAGCUCGAUUGCUCACCUACAUAUGAUAAUGUCAAUGGACGUGCUAUGGGAAUUGUAUACGACGAAGAGCGCGAACAUUUCAAGCCGAUUCAUCGAUCGCCGAGAGCGACAGUGUUUUGUCGUAAUGGACCCUACGGCACCUUGGAAAACUUCACGUGUGAAUGGCGUUGCAUAAGAUGUGAAAUUGCCGGCAAGACAUGUGAAGACCGCGACUUUUUCGAGAGGUGUCGGGGAUGUCAAGUAGACUUCCGGAACCAGGAUUGCUUUGGACGUCACCUAACUAAUCGAAUCUGCGGCAAAAAGUUCUUCUGCCCGAAAUGCAACUAUUACUACGAUGCCACCAAGUACGGCCAAAAGGCACAUAUUUGCGACAGACGCUACUGCGAAACUUGCAUGUCGAUGCAGCCGAUCAAGCACCACUGCUUGUUUGCCCCAGCGUUCGACAAACCAGCCUAUCGCUUCAAGACGCAAAAAUACAUGUUUUCGAACCUUGACGGGCAAACUUGGUGCCACGGAAAAGUGCUGGACGAUGUUGUUGAUCAUCUACUGUUCGAAAACCACGUCAAGUAUGAGGAGAAGAUUGUUAUCGCUCAUAACGGAGGCGGGUAUGAUUGGAUCCUCCUGUUGCCGGCACUGAUGGAGCGCAAAAUCCCGUUUCGUCCAAUGAUGCGCGGGUCCCGGGUCAUCGAAAUGAAGGUUUCCGGACGUGCCAGUGACGUGAAGCCGACACGAGGACAAGCUCAACGCCCGCCAGCUCCGCAUGAACGACGCAGGAACAAGCUGAGGUUCAUCGACAGCUACCAGUUCAUCCCGAUCGGCCUGGGCAAGUUCGCCUCAGUCUUCAGGCUUCCAGAAGAAAAAGGCGUCUUCCCGGUAUUUGCCAACUGCGAUUACUGGCGUCAGCCGAUACCGAGGAACUGGCCCACUGAGGAAUGGUUCCCCGUUCGAACUGUGGAUCAGCUGGAAAAGGUGCGAGAGUUCCUGCGCGAGAAGGCCGGGCAACCCUUCAAUUUCGAAGAAGAGAUCUGGAAAUAUUGCGAAGCCGAUGUCCGCGUUCUGAUGGCCGGUGUGAUGCUGUUCCGGAAAAACCACGUCGAGCGAGGCGGCUUCUGCCCCUUCUCAUCUUGUGCCACGUUGGCCUCGACGUGCAUGCAGCUCUUCCUGAUGCGCUACUACAAGGGCCAAAGCGUCACCAUGGUCAAGGAAACGCCAUUAGGAGCUGAACGUCCGUAUUCCGAGGUUGCUGAACGAUGGCUGCAGUGGAUGGAGUACAAGCAGAACGGACACCCUAUUCAACGUCAUCUUGCCCACGGUGGUGAGAAGAAAAUUGGAUGUGCUGGUCGUUCAUUCUUCCUUGACGGCUACUCUGAAUUGCCAGAUGGAAAGAAGAUCGGCUUCGAAUUUGAUGGAUGCUAUUGGCAUGGCUGCAUUUCGUGCUACGGUCAGAAUGGGAGCUUUCCGGCAGGGCCAAAACAAACGGAAAUUAUGAAGGAGCGGUGGGAGCAGACCCGCCAGCGGCAUACACAUCUUCGUGAUUCGAAAAUGCUCGACGAACUGAUCGUUAUGCGAGAAUGUGACUUCCUCAAUGAGCUGAAAGUCGACGCUGAAAUGAAGAAGUUCUGCUCUGAGCUCGACAUUGUCGGGCGUAUGUGUCCCCGAAGAGCCCUCAAGGGCGGCCGCACCGAGGCGUUCAAGCCCAUGUCCACUCCUGGCAAAACGGUACACUAUCAGGACGUGAAUAGCAUGUAUCCGCACGUCCAACGCAACGGUCUCUACCCGCUCGGCCCCGCGAAAAUCGAAAUGUUUCAAGGGAAAUCUGGUCCCCUACCCACACAUAUCGUCAAGAACACUAUGCGGAAAGUGGAAGUCUAUGAAGAAGGAAUGCUUCUUCAUGAAGACCGGUUUGUGCAAGAAAUCCGGAUUCGAGGGUUCCUGUAUGUUGACGUCUUGGUCCCGCGCGACAUCCGGAUCGCACUUCUGCCGCUCACAGUGAAAGGGGGACUCCAAUUCCCUGUCUGUGGGCGCUGCGCUGAAAUGAAGAAGCCACCAACUCGCUGCCCUCAUUCGGAUUCUGAACGGUUUCUUCGUGAUGUGUACUGGUACGAAGAGCUUCAGUUGGCACUCGAUUGGGGAUGCCAGAUUGUGAAGGUGCAUGAAACCAUGAGCUGGUCGUCGUUUACGGCUGACUUUUUCCGGGAUUACGUGAAUGACAAUAUCCGAAGAAAAACCGAAGCAAGUGGAUGGCCUGACAACGUUCAAACCGACGACGAGAAGAAUGCCUUCCUCGCCGAUUUCAAGCGACACAUGGGAAUCGAUCUCAGGCCCGAUAAAAUCGACCGGAACCCGGCAGCACGUUGGCUUGCUAAGCUUGCCAAUAAUAAUUUGUGGGGUAAAUUCGGACAAAAACCGAGCCAAUCGAUGACGUCAGUCUGCUUUACCGCUGAAGAAGUCGAGAAGAUUUGGUGUAACCCAACAAGGGUGAUCACUGAUGAAUGUUUGGUCGCUGAGCAUGGAGUCUGGAUCGUUACACACAAGGGUCAUCGAGACGAUGUUGUGGCCCGGUCGAGGGGUUCUAUUGCUGUGGCUGCCAUAACGACGAGCCGUGCUCGAAUUCGCUUGAAUAAGCUUCUUUUGCAGGUGUAUCCUCGACAUAUAUAUACCGAUACUGACUCGAUCGUGUUCGAGGGUGGUUGCUGUGAAGAAGACGAUCUGGUACGACGAUUCUACGCGCGUGAAGUUGGCCCUCAACUCGGUCAGCUGUCUUCAGAGAUCCCGUCAGGCUGGACCUGCGUCAGUUUUGUAUGCCCGGGGUCAAAGCAAUACGCAGCACUUCUGAAGCGCGACGGUGUCGAGCAAUACCGCGAAAUCGUCAAGGCGCGAGGAAUCACGCAAGACUUGGCGAACCAAUCGAGGCUGACGUAUGAUCGGAUGCGCGACAUGACUGAGCAGUUUUUGGAACGUCACAAGGAGAUGGGGGCAAAUUACGAAGAAGACAAUGACCCUCCCGCUAUCAAUUUUCACUAUAGGUCCUGGGAAACGGUUUCACUCGCAACCCUUGCCAUCAUGUUUGCGAAUAUUCAAAUAUUCCGUAAUCUUUCCGGGCCCUCAAAUGAUUUCGUCAUCGUUCGCUACCGCGACUGCCCUGUAUAUUGUCCUACGGGACGUUGUUACGGAAUUGAAAACUUUUCGUUCCCGCUGGUCUGCUCGGAUGCCGAAUCCAGGCUCACUGACAUGACUAACGGCAACAUGUCGAUGGAGGUGAUUCUGGCCGUCAUGCUGUUGCUCGCCUUCUACAUCAUGACAACCCGC